AUGUAUGAAUGCAUAGAUUUUGAAGCUUUGAAAGAGGAAGUCAGAAGGGAAAGGCUCCAGGGGAAAGAGACCAAUAAGGUUGAUGCGGGUGCAGGGAAGGAGCUCGACUGGGCGAUGUGCGACUUGAUGAAGGGGCAGAUGAGUAACUUCACGGGUGGGCUGCAGAGCGACCUGAAGGGCGACAUGAAGGAUGAGCUGAGGAAGGCCCCGCAGAACUGCUUAGCCAAGGAUCCCCGAAGUAGCCCAAAGGAGGACAUCGAAAUUAUGCGCGCGAAGAUGGUCAUCAAAACGAUAAACCCGACUCACCUGUACAACUACUUCCAGCUGCAACUAGACCAAGGAAACAACAAGAGCAUUUUUCUCGUUGACCUUCAGAUGGAAAGGGAAUUCCAAAUGCACCAAAUAAAAAGUGCUGUACAUAUAAGAAACGAACCCGAAAUCAACAAAAUGAAGAAGGAAAUCGAGUUGAAAAAAAACGCAAAGGUAGUAUUUUAUCAUACGAAUGAAAAGGUUCAAAGGGAGCCCCAUUAUGCCCGUCUGCUGUAUAGCCACUUCGCCAAUGUGAAAGCCAACUUUUAUUUCCUAAAGGGAGGAUAUAAAAAUUUUGAAAAGGAAUACUUCUUUUUAUGUAUAGUGAAAAAUAGACUUAACAGAAGCGUAUCGGCCUUCAUCAAUUACCAAGCGUGUAUUAACUACCCCAUAAAAUUCAGCAGCAACCUUUUCGUGGGAACUCUCAUCCAUAUUAUCAAUCCGUUCAUAAAUAACCAUUUGAAGAUAAAAUAUGUUUACGAUUUUACGGACUCUGGAUAUGAAAUGAAAAAUGUAGAAGAAAUAAAAUACUCGAGAUAUAAUGUGAUAGACAGAAUUGUAGAAAAUUCAAUUACAC